AUGCCAUCCCGGCCAAACUUCCUGGUCAUCGUCGCCGACGAUCUCGGCUUCAGCGACUGCAGGUAUGAGGAUAUUGUCGCGGGCGUCAACCCUUUCUUUCAAACAGCUGUGACAGCGCUCCAUAUGGAAGACGCUGAAUAUUCAACAAAGCUGCCAGAGGGCUUUUAUUCUUCCAAGACGUACGCUUCAAAAGUCAUUGAGUUUCUUUCCGAGCAUCCGGAGUCGGAGAAAGGGAAGCCGUUCUUCGCUUACCUCCCUUUCACUGCUCCGCACUGGCCUCUGCAAGCGCCCGAGUCCUACGUGGAUAAGUACCGCGGGAAGUACAACGAUGGCUCAUCUGCAUUGAGACUUAAGCGGCUCGAAAGAUUGAAGGAGCUGGGCUUGGUCGCGCCAGACCUUGUGCCACACGAAGUCGUAACGGGACCGGGAGAUCGUGAUCGGGAGACGAUGAACGACGAAGACCGGGCAAAAUCCGCUCGCGCGAUGGAAGUCUACGCCGCCGUGGUGGAAGUGAUGGAUAAGAAUAUCGGCCGAGCUAUGGACUAUUUUCGACAGUCGGGCGGAUACGACAGUACCAUCAUCUGUUUCAUGUCAGAUAAUGGUGCCGAGGGCGCCAGUUACGAGGCAUCGCCUCUCGGCGGCCGAGGACGAAAGAUCGAGCGCGUUCGUGAUGUCAGUUGGAAGCCGUCCCUGGACGCCAUAACUGUCGGUGGCGCGGAUACUUCCACUGCCCCGGCAUCGAUCCAUGGCGAGGAGCAUGUCACGGGCUGGGAAAUCGCAGGAAGCGGUGCCCUGCGAAAGGGACGAUACAAGAUUACCUAUGUUCCUCUCUCUCGGGGCCCUCAACGGUGGGAGCUCUUUGACAUUGUAGAGGAUCCGGGAGAGACGCGGGAUUUGAGCAAGGAGAAGCCUGAAAUCUUCAAUGAGUUGUUGAGACUCUGGGCUAUCUACGCUGAGGAGGUUGGUGUUGCCGGACUGGCUGGCCAGAUAUCCGCGAACAACCAGGUUGUUGAAGGAGUCAAGGAUGAAUUUGAGGAUCCGGCUUUAUUGGCAAGGAAAAUGUGCCAUGUGAGAUACAAGCUCGGCUUCCCAAAUGAUCUUGAGGUCAUAAUGUAUUGGACGAUACUGGCAGCGGAUGUUCUUUACAUUGGAGACUGGAAAUUGCAACCUUUAUGA